AUGGCUGGUAAAACUACAGAACGUAGGGGCAAAAACAAAGACCCUAAAGCGGGUGGCAGUGAAAUUGCUGAACCAUUAGGAGCGUUUACUUUACCUGAUAGUUUGCCAUGUUCUGAAGUAGAAUUCCCUAUACUAAUAAGAAAGAAAAAAAUUGUCGAUUGGAAAGCUAUUUUAGAAGAGGCCAAUCAACAUAUUCAAGAAAUUGAAGAAUUUAAUGAAAGCAAGAAGGAGCCGGUGCCAAAAUCGCCAUUCCUUAAAACCGAAUGCGAUUACAUAGAAAACGAAGUAUUUGUACAUUUAAUACCUGCUUUAGAGGAAGCUCUCAAUAAAGCAAAAACUUGGGAAGCCUUACAAAGGCAAAAAUGUUUUUUUAAUGGCAUAGACCAUAUUGUUCAAGUGAGUUUAAAAAAUCUUUUUUUCCCGCGACUUCUCCCACGUAAGUUACAGCCUAUGUUACGUACAUACCUAUAAUGAAACUUCCCGUAGGUGAAAGAAUCUUUAAAAUCGGUCUAGUUUUGGAGUCUAAUAGCCUAUACAAGCAAACAAGCUUCCUGCAGUAACUGCUAACCACGUGCCUUUCCUAUUGAUCGAAUCGAAUAGAGAAUAGGCCAUGACCUAUCACGGGUCCAGUACGGGUUGGCGCGUAUUAACGACUGCAGAGGCAACCGGCACCAAUGGCUUAACAUGCCUUCCGAAGCACGGAGCUCGAGAUAAUAAUUAUUGGGCACCCAUCCUAUGGCCGGAAGACCGAAAGCGUUAUCCACUGCGCCAACGAGCUCCUCGAUUUAAAUUAUUUUAAAUCAAUUUCAGUCAUUUAUUUUAAAUAAAAAUCUUAAAUAUACCUAAUAUUUAAGUGGCUCAUCAAAAACUGUGAAAUUUUGUAAAUUGUAGCUUUCGACUCAUCCGUCUCAUAAGGUUGCCGAUGCCGACAGCCAAUUCCUUUUUAAUACCUAAUUCGGCAUUAAGGCAUUAGAGAAUUUGAUGUGA